GAGAGAGAGAGAGACGGGUUGUGCUGUGCGUGCUCUGUGUCACUUUGCGCUCCCCGGAGAGAGAGAGAGACGGGUGAGAAAGUGCGUGAACAACCGGACCGGUAACCGGAAAUAAUAAUGGACAUGGCGGGACCGGUCAGUCAUCAGCAACGGAUAUUUGCUUCAGGUUGGAGUCCCGUGAGUCUGUCUGACUUUACCGAAGAGAACGAGAAGGGGAAAGUUCCAAGUCUACCCGGUAACUUUUCAUUCCAGAGAGAGUUGGGACAUCUUUAUGAUUAUUGUGGAAUGCUGUUGUCUAUUUAACUAGUGUUCCGAUUUUUUUUUUUUAUCGGUUACUGCACCGGUGGGUCUAGAGCCAUGGCGUUAUCGCAGAUCCAGUGUUUGGAUGAGAAUAACGUGAACCUCCGGACGCAUGAAUCCAAACCUGACUUUUUUUAUUCCGAGGAGCAACGAUUAGCGCUCGAGACGCUUCUCCGGGAUGGACGCGAUGCCUUUAAUAAGUUCCUCCACGCGACCAGUCUCCGGUGUUUCCUGUCGGACCAGGAGGUGGACCAGUUGACCGGGGCAGUGGAGGUGUAUGACCCGGCAUCAGAGCUCCGUCAAGGUGACUCAGACAUUGAUGAACUCCCGCUGUCUCUCCAGUACUGGCCGGAGCUGUCUGACUGCUCGCUCCCGCGGCUGGAUCUGGGCUGGCCGGACUGCGCGUCCUACAGAGGAGUCACUCGCGUCACCGUGUACGCGCAACCGCCACUGGACGGCCACACGCACAUCAAAGAGAUGGUCAGGAAAACCAUCGCGCAAGCGCAGAAGGUGAUUGCGGUGGUUAUGGACCAGUUUACAGACGUAGAUAUCUUCAGAGACCUCCUGGAGGUCUGCUUUAAGAGGAAAGUGUCUGUCUACAUCCUGUUGGAAAGAGCAGCGUUACCUCACUUCCUGUCUAUGGCCGAGAGGGCCGCCAUGCACCCGGGACACCUGAAGAGCCUGCGUGUGCGUGUGUCAGGGGGAGCAGAGUUCUUCAGCAGGUCGUGUACCAGGGUGAGAGGACGGCUGGGUCACAGGUUCCUGUUGAUAGAUGGAGACAAGGCUGUUUCUGGAUCGUACAGGUACCCUGACCUCUGA